GGUUCCUCCACCUUGCACUCUCCUAACUGUGUCCUCCCUCUCUCUCCCCCCCUCUCUCUCCCUCUCUCUCUCUCUCCCUCUCUCUCUCCCUCCCUCUCUCCCUCUGUCUAUCUCUCUCCCUCUCCUCUCUUCAGGGAGCUGAUGCCCAAGACCCUGGAGGGCCAGAUCACCAUGGAGAAGACCCCCAGCUACUUUGUGACCAGAGAGGCUCCGGCCAGGAUCUCGGCCAUGUCCCGGGACACCAAGCUGAUCGUGGUGGUGCGUGACCCCGUCACCAGGGCCAUCUCCGACUACACCCAGACGCUGUCCAAGAAGCCCGACAUCCCCACCUUCGAGAGCCUGACCUUCAAGAACAGGACCACGGGCCUCAUCGACACCUCCUGGUCGGCCAUCCAGAUCGGCAUCUACGCCAAGCACCUGGACAACUGGCUCCAGUACUUCCCCAUGGGCCAGAUCCUGUUUGUGAGCGGGGAGAGACUGAUCAGCGACCCGGCCGGAGAGCUGGGCCGCGUGCAGGACUUCCUGGGGCUCAAGAGGAUCAUCACAGACAAACACUUCUACUUCAACCAGACCAAGGGCUUCCCCUGCCUCAAGAAGGCCGAAGGCAGCAGCAAGCCCCACUGCCUGGGCAAAACCAAAGGGCGGACCCACCCCAACAUUGACCCUGAGGUGGUGCAGAGGCUACGGGACUUCUACAGGCCUUUCAACAUGAAGUUCUACCAGAUGACCGGACACAACUUUGGUUGGGAUUGACGAAAAUUCUGAGGACAUGUUAUUUGUUGUGAAGCUGUUUUGGUGUAAUUUUCAGCAGCAAAAAAAGAUGUGGAGACGUUGCUACAGUAUAAAUAUAUAUAUGUAAAAUGUACAGAAAUCUAUUUUAUAAUAAUUUAUUUUUAUUUCUAAGCAAUUAAUUCACUAAGCUGCCUAACCAUAUUUUGUACAUCUGGCCCCGCCUUUAGUUUGAAUAACAUUCCACAGUUGUUUCAGUUUUGUUUUGCUCUUCCCUUUGUUGGUCUUGUGAAGCCAGACCGGCUGUUGGUGCUUCCAAAUGCGAGAUGAACACAGUUGGUAAAGGUGUAACUGCAUCAUUUUACGGGUACGUUGUCCACAGAGCAGUGGAGAGAAACCCCGCGACCACCUGCAUCCUGAUUUCAACAUGCUCCUCCCCUUCACGUUCAUCAGCCAUCCUCUUCCUCCACCUUCUUCUCAAUCUUGGCAUCCUGGGAUUCCUGCAGCAUUUGCAACAUUGCAUCUGUCCAGUGAUGUUUUAUUCCCCAGACCUAUUUUUUCCCUGCCCUCACAUUGGCCAGACCAGCUGAUCCGAUGUCCCAUUCAGUCAAUAGCAGGUAGAUCAAUAGACCUAAUUGGUGCUCAUUGUGUCACUCAUGCUUAAAGUAUAUGCCUGGCCUUUCUCUGGCUGUGCUCCCGCAGCCUGCACUAAUGAAUGGCCCAUCCAUCAAAGGCCAAAUCCUGUUUGCGAGCGCACACGGCCCCUUGUUGACAUUAUGCUAAUCUCGUAAUGUAACCGAGUCCGAUCGAUCGGCUCCCCGCCCUCCCGCUCGCAUUAGAUGUGCUGCUGGCUCAGAGCCAGACACCGGCCCCUUUACCGACGAGUUCAAAGGUCAAAUAAAGUCCCAAUCGAAUUUUCCUUGAGAGCCUUUUGAUUUGUUGAGGAGGAGCCCACGGGCCUACGACUGGGUCGGCAGACCACCUGCUGAACUCGUUUCUCCACGGCCGGAUGAGCGGCGGCUGGCGAGAGGCAGAAGGCAGUUGGCUUCCAUCUUUCCGAGGUGGAGCAUGGAGAUGGAGAUGGAGAUGAUAGAGAAACCACGAGCGCUCCGCCUCAGCGAGAUGCCGCCUCAUCAAAGGAAAUGAUGCAGAACAUCUCUCAGAUCCCUGACAGCAGAUCAAAGGGGGGAGGCCUGUUCUUUAAAGUUCUGUGAGCAGGAACGGCCUCGGGCAGGGACGCAGGCCGGGACAUCUCUGAUGUCAUCAUCAGACGGACGCGUUCAUGAGGGUGCAUUUGAUCUCCACAGUGGGCCUCGUUCACCAUAUCACCCCAACAUGGCUCAUUUUCCACAGCUCAUCUCAUCUUUCUACUUGUUGCCAAAAAAACACAAAAAAAACAUGUUCCUCAUUCUUGAGUUGUUCUGGAGCUUGAGAUCAGGUUUCACACAGCUUGAGUGACUAUCUUCUUUUUCAUUUUCCUUUUUCAUUUGUAAUUGCUUCGCUUUGUUGUUUUUUUGUUUUUGUUUGUCUUUCUACUUGAAUUCUUGAUAUGCAAGCGGGAGAACCAGUCUGUGGCUAGGAUUCCGAGACGUACGAUACAUACCCAGACCCUUGCAGAUUGUGGUUUGCAAUUUCAAAGGCAUGAGAGACAAAACCAUGCGGUGCUGUGCUUUGCGGAAGUUGUGUGCGGAAGCAAGGAAUCCUGGGAAGUCACCCAACUGUGUCCCAGUAUGCACAGUAGCAUGCUAUGUAGAAAGAGCAUACUAUUUGUAGUCUACCUGUUAGUGUGGGUUUUGGAACACAGCCUCAGGUCUCGUCGACUACCACAGCAGACCACCAGGUUCAUCAAGAUCCCAGAACGAAUGUACACUUUUCUGACUCUCUUUCCCUCAACACCUAUGUUCUAUGUGAAGGCUUCACCAAUAAUGAACCUUUGGGAGAAGAUAAUGGUGAACUCAAUGGUACUUUAUUUUGAAAUUGAAAUGAUGAUGUGCCUCUUAACCGUCCAAUCCAAUGGCAAAAUCCAGUUUUUCUGCAUUUCGACAGAACUUCAACCUAAUUGAGCUUUUGUUCCUGGCUUGGCUUCUUCUCUGAUAACGGGGAAACUUUGAGCGUUUGCAGAGUUCUGUUUGUCCUCGAUUCUCGAGUUAUCUCACGUUUCGUGUCAGGGACAAGUUUGUUCAUUUCCAUGAUUGUGUGUGGACAAAAAGACGUCUCCCGCUUAGUGCAAUGAUGAAAGCAUUUCUCCUGGUCCCUCUAUGCAGAACUUCUAUGCUGCCUGGCUAGCACAGGCUGUCUCAUUCGGAAAUGUCCCUCGUUCGCCCUGCCAGUGCUAGAGCAAUGCAUUGGAAUUCUGGUCCAGUUGAUGUAACAGUUGGGGCGUCUCUGACACUGUGGAACCAUGGUGUCCAUCCAUGCUGCUUCAGUGGGUAUGGUUGAGUUCUAUUCAACCCUCUAGAGAUGUGCAAAUGUUGUGAUGUCUGUCUUACCCCACAUAUCAUAUGAUAUUUAGUCUAGCAGAUCUGUAUGUAUAAAAAAAAUGAAAAUACAUGUAAAUCAAGUAUUUUGUGGUAUGUACUUCAAAGUAAUUAAUUUUACACGUUGAAAGAGCAAAAUGGAACAGAUGUUUCUAGAUAAUUAAAUACUGAACAUUCAUACUAUUUCUUUGUAUGAAGAAAUAAAUAAAAAGUAUAUAU